AUGAAUUUGGAGGUCAUGGAACAUGGAGAAGUGACUAAGAUGUUAAAUGCAUUGGUGAUUCAACCACCCAUUUAUGAUGAGAUAAGGGAAAGCCAACUGGAAGACAAGAAUUUGAAAGUAAUAAAGAAAAAGAUCGAUGAAGGUCAGGUGUUGGGUUUCACCAUUAGUGAUGAAGGAAGUAUUCGUUUCAAAGGAAGAUGGUGUGUGCCACAAAGUCGUGGAGAUUUGAAGCAAAGAUUGAUGGAGGAAGCCCAUAAUUCUCCUUAUUCAAUGUAUCCUGGAGAGGAUAAGUUGUAUAAAGAUAUGAAGAAGACUUUUUGGUGGCCUAAUAUGAAGAAAGAUGUAGCUGAAUUUGUGGCCAAGUGUUUGACAUGUUAG